AUGCCAGGAGGAUGCCACAAGGAUCACGCCGAACCAAUUCUACGGGAAAUCCGGGGCCGGCACGAGGUGGACGGGGUAGAGAUGGGGGUCGGAUUGCUUGUUGAGGGAGGCCGUUUGGUAGGGGGUGUACCGGAAGGGACACAGACGAAGGCGGAGGCGGAGAGAGACAAGAGAUGGGGUAAAGGCAAGCUGUGCCACUUUGGACGAUGGAUGGAGGUGAGACCGACAGGCCGGCGGGACGGAACACAGCAAGCAAAAGGAUCAGCAGAAACCCGCAGGCGCACAGCCAAACAGAAGGACUCGGGAGCGAGACAGACGCCCCAAAGAGACACAAAAGAGGGGGCAAAGGCCGCAUCAUCGAACAGCCUGCGGUGGGAAGAGCCCUGCAGCCCUGCAAGCGCAGCCAUGUCCGGGGGGGAGGGAGAGGGAGAGGGAGAGGGACAAAGGAAGCGGAGAAAUGCAAAAAUGGCCUCGCCCCUGUUUCCCUGUUCUCCCCACUCUCAGCCAGCCGACAGCCCGCCAGCUCAUGACAUGCCGUACGUGUUAUUGCGUCCGGAAUAG